AUGGGAGAUGGUGGCUAUUGUACAAGGGGAUCUUCCAGAACGGGAAAGGAGGUCAAACGUGCAGGCAAACCUCGUACCUCGCUGCCGAAUAUUUUGGAAAAUCUACAUAUUCUACUACGGUCGCCGUACUUCUCAGAAUGGCCCUUGGAAGUGCGGUUUUUCUCAGCAGAUGUGUGGCAGGUUUGGUCUCAGUCCAAGGAUAAUUUACUAGAUAAUAGCAUCAAGGUGACCACCGCUUUUAGCUCUAAGGAGGCAGGCGAUACCGACAGGCGGGAAAUUCUUGGAAAAAGAAUUGAAACACUCGAUACCGGCUACGAUGCUCUCAUAGAGUAUGUGGAAAAAUCGCAAUUUCUACUUGAAUCUGAGGAAGUGAUCGAUUGCGUUGGAAUGGCCAACCCUAAUGAAGGAAAUUACAUUGCGGUUUCGUGGCCAAGAAGAGGUGAAACGGUUAUUGGGACGGAGACGGAGGACAGAACAAGUGGGGAAAAGAAAAAUUUCGAAUCAUGUUUCCUCGGAAGAAGGCGAAAGUAA